UUAUGAACACCUUAUAGUAGGAGAAAACACUUCCGGUCACAAUUCUGAAUUUAUUGUGCGAAAAUUGUAAAAUAUAAAAAUGUCAGACGAAGAAGAUUACAGCUCAGGAAGCGACGAAGAUUAUGUUCCUUCAGAUGGUGAAGCUGUAAGUGAAGAAGAAUGCUCUGGCGAUGAAGAGGAUUUGGAAUUACUGAAGGCAGAAGGUGGAGAGGAUGUCAAAACUAGUGGGAAAAGAAAACGAAAGAAAAAGCCUGAUAUCUUACAGAGAAAAAGAAAAGGAGGGAUUAAACUCGAAGGUGAAGUAGUUAAUAAAGAAGAAACAGAGGAAGAAAUUAAAGCAAGAAAAGAAUUAGAAGAAAACAUCAAGGAAGAACAGAAACUAAGAAAGGAAGAACAAGAAAAGAAAAAAGCAGAUGAUUUGUGGUCCAGUUUUAUGUCAGAUGUUGGGACCAGACCAAAACCCAAAGCAUCACCCAGUCCUAGUGUAACAUCAUCAGCUUCAGCUGGGUCUAAGGCAGCCACAAAAACUGAAGUAAAGGCCUCAGAUAGCACAACUACAAAUAAAAAGAUAACUAUCACAAAAGAAUAUGAUUUUGCAGGAGAAAUAGUAAAAGUAACAAAGGAGGUUGAUCAAAAUUCCAAAGAAGCUCAAUCAGAAUUGAAGAAGCAAGAAUCUGUAGUGUCAUCAACAGCUUCCCCUGGAUUAUCUGCAAUUGGGAUUAAAAGACCUGGAGGAUUAGGAAGUGUAUUAGAUAAAAUAAAUAAAAAACAGAAAAUCAGUACAUUGAAUAAGUCUAAGUUAGAUUGGGAUCAGUUUAAGAAAGACAAUAAACUAGAAGAAGAUUUAUCGUUACACAACAAAGGAAAACUAGGAUACCUAGAAAGACAAGCAUUUUUGAACAGAACAGAGCAAAGAGAGUUUGAGAAAGAGAGAGACUUAAGAUUAAGCCAGAGUAGUAAAAGAUAAUGUCUUAUUAACAUCACAAAAUGACAAUGUACUUCAAAAUCAUUUCAUUUGAACAUAUGGCUACAGUCUUUCAGCAUGUUAUUGAUAUCAGAUGAAGGUGAUCCUUGGAAAAUGGAGUUUGAUGUAUGAGAGAAGAGAGUUAAUAUGUGUAUGAGUUGAAAGCUUACAGUUGUCUUUAUUGUAUGAAUAUAUGAUGGCUAAUUCAUUGUUUGACUGAAUGUGUGAUUGAACAUGUAUUUCAUCUGUAACAGAACAUUACAAUCAUUAAAUCUAAAUGAAGCAUCUCAUUCAUUACUAUGUAAGUUGUCAGUGGAGCAAUCAUGUAUCAGAGUGUUUUAGAAAUAUACGGCAAUGAUUAAGUUUUAAUAUAUAUGACGAUUUUUGGAAACAAUCAUUUAUAAAGUACAUGACAGAAAAGACUAAUGUACUUGAUUUUGCAUGUUUAAAAAGAUAAUAUAAAUUCCUUCAAGUUUUACACAUACAACAUAAUCAACUUGAUUCUUAUAACAAAAUUUGGCUCAAAUGAAGUAGUCAUUCAAAGUUAAUUACUUUACUGUAUAUAUAUUUUAGUGACAAUGAACUUCUGUUCUAAGAGUGUUCAAAGUUAUCUCCCCUUGAUGUGUUUUUUUGCUAAUGUCCAUUACAAAAGUCUGGAUUUUACUAUAAAGUUAUUAAAAGACACAAGUAUAUCUCUAGGUAAGUAGAUCUGGUUUGCUAGAGUGAAGAGCAACGGUGAGAAGAUAUAUUUGUUUGUUGAUCAAUAUAAUAUACAAAAGUUUACAGCUUGAUAAGCAACUGUCUUAAGCUUAAGGGAGUAUGAUUGGAUCAUAGUGGUCUGGAUAUGUAUUUGAAAUAAAGAGAAUGCUUAUAAAGAAAAAAAUGUUCAUAAAAAUUAUCAAAAUCAAGUAUAUGAGAGGUAAAAUACUGUUUUUAUUUUCCUAAGAAGUCACGGUGAUCAUUUGUAACAAUAAAUGUGUAAAAAUCAUCAUUAAGUAAUUGUUUCUGACUGUUUUAUCAUUUGUUAUAAUAAAUUAUGAAUCUCCACA